AUGUUAGGUGCAAUUAUUCGAAUUAAAUUAAGUUCUUUUCCAAGUUUGCUUUCAAAAACUAUAUACGUAAACACCGCAAAACUUGCUUGUAAAGGAAAUAAUACAGAACUUGAUGAACAAUUCAAUAUUUGCAUUUGCAAAGCGGGUUUUCCAUUUGGAAAUCCAGAGAAUGGCGGUGAUUGCUUUAGGUGCGAUCCUAAAUGCCACGAAAAAGCAAUUUGCACUUCAAUGGAUAAAUGCACUUGCAAGCCAGGUUUAGUUGGUGAUGGAAUAAAAGAUUGCGAUUAUCCAAGACCAACUAUAGUAUCAGUUAAGCCGCAUAAAUGCGAAAAUACAGAUUCAUUCCUAACAGUAGUCUAUAAAUCACAACAAGUAAAUACAACUAUGCCAUAUUGCAAAAUCGGCCCAUCAAUCUAUCCUCCAAGCGAAUUUAAUGGCAGCCAUGCUAUUUGUUCUUGCCCACCACUAUUUAAAGGAAAUUAUUCCUUGGAAAUUUCAUUUAACAAAUUACAUUGGUCAAAACAAAAAUUUACAAUAAACUUCCCUACUGAUGAUAGCCCAGCACCAGAAGUCUUUGUUUAUAUCAUUUUAUGCGUAAUAAUUUCUGUUUUAAUUUACUUCAUAAUUUGGUGCAUUCAGAAAACAUCAUGGAGCAAUGGAGAUGAUGGAGAUCAAAUUUUACCUCUUAAUAAAUGGCAUAUGAAUCAAAUUCAGCACGAUUCUAAUGAUGAUGGAAGUAUCUUCAAGUUCAUCUUUAAUCUUAUCAUAGGAUGA